AUGGCAUCCGGAAUUGUCAACGGACCGAUUCCGGAUGAUUUUAUGAAAGAUGUGAGCAACCGGCUGAGCUCGUUGGAGUUUGAGAAGGAAAAGGACCACUUCCUAAUCCUGGAUCAACUCUUGCUACCACUCGAAAAGAAAUAUGUAAAAAUUUCGGGGGUUGAUGACGCUUGUGCAGUGAUUAUUUCAAUGCAGGUACGCGGAGCUCCACUUAUCGCAAUUGUUGGAGCCUUAGGACUACGAGUAGAGCUUCUUAAGACCCAGUUUUCCAAUCCGGAGGAAAUAAAGGAAUUCUUGUCGGCAAAGAUGAAACUACUGAUCCUGACCCGACCUACGGCAAUCAACCUCGGUAACGCAAUGCAGCAAAUUUCGGAUUCAGUUGUGGGCAAGGAUACGGUAGAGGAGAUACGGGAUAGUGUUCAUCACACGAUUCUAAAAAUUUAUGAAGAUGAACAAGAGGACAAUCGACGGUUGGUCUGGAACGGGUACCAAGAGGUCUUAUCACAAUGUUCUGGAAAGGAAAAACUAAAUCUGAUGACAAUUUGCAACACUGGUAGCUUGGCGACUUGUUCAUGGGGAACAGCAUUAGGAGUGAUCGUAGCUCUACAUCAAGCCGGAAAGGUCGAGAUGGUGUACGCGCUGGAGACCAGGCCCUACAAUCAGGGAGCAAGGCUGACCUCCAUCGAGUUGAGCCACAGCCACAUCCCCUUCAAGCUGAUCACCGAUUCGAUGGCUGCCUGGACGAUGAAGACGAAGGGCAUUGAUGCGAUACUUGUUGGUGCUGACCAAGUCGUGAUGAACGGUGAUACAGCUAAUAAGAUUGGAACCUACAUGCUGGCAGUGCUGGCGAAACAUCAUAAUGUUCCAUUCUAUCCUGUAGUACCGUACACUACCGUAAACCCCAGGCGUAAUGACGGCCGGGAUAUCACGAUUGAAGAACGACCGGCUGAUGAGAUGCUGAAAGUCAAAGGUCAAUACGUUCUACCCGAAAACACCCCAGUAUGGAAUCCGGCAUUUGACGUUACCCCGGCAGAAUUAAUUACCAAGAUCAUUACCGACUUUGGCAACUUCCGCCCGACAGAGCUUGAAGCUGCGUAUCGAUCCCUC